CAAAGCAAGUUAUAAAAAACAACUGUACAAAUUCAAAUAAUGUAAAUAUUUGGUUAAACUGCUACACGCUACGCACAACCUAAGAUGAAAUCAGACAAUAUUCAGUAAAAAUUUGCACGAAAUUUGUAUCUGUCAUUCAAACUGGCGGUAAGGCUGUGUUUUAAACAUUCCACAGCUUAUACCAUGAUAUGUUAAAAAAUACACCUUUGAGGUGGCUGACUUUGAAUGCGAAUAAUUAAGCCAAUGUCAAAAAAUUUGACAGUUUAAGGCACAAAGCCGAGGUGUUAUUAUCGCUCGCGGGAAUUUUUCAAAGUGGCUUGAAUCGACAUCGAAAUCGCAAUACAAAAUAUUUAUACCUUUCUAAAUAUUUCUUAAAAUUGUACAACAAAAAAGCAGUAUGCUAGUGAAAUACGCAAAUUUUGGCCGUUUGUGUGCCGUUUUGCUGCUGCUGCAAACGUUUGUGCCACAAGCAGCAGACGCUAAGAAAUCAGGAGGCAAGACAGCAUUUUUGGCUGGCGCAUUGACGGGCGUUGUAGGAGGCGGACUCUUAGGACAUAUCAUGACUAAACAAAUGCAACAGCAGCAACAGCCCAUCGCUCAGCAACAGCAUCCAGCCAACCCACCCCCACCUCCACCGCCGGUGCCACAAUUUAUUAACCAACCACCUCUUCAACCUAUGCAAACGCAAUUCUCAUAUCCUGCCAUACAACAGCAACAGCAACCGGCGCAAGCUUGGCAGCCUAGCUAUUCAUAUCCAGUCGAUCAAUCUUCUGUUCAACAUGGACAACCUGUGCAAUCACAAUUCCCACUGCCUGCCGCACCGCAACUUCCAGCGCCCGUUCAACAACCAGCCGUAGAGCAACAUCCAUACGGUUGGGAUCCUAGCCUGGUACAACCUUCUGCUCAGCCUGCACAAUCAGCCGGUCAGUAUUCUCCUUAUUUCCAACAGCCUGUCAUUCCACAUCUUCCAGCGCCUGCGCCUGCGCCUGUGCAACCAGCUACAUAUCCAUCACUUCAACCUGACAAUUCUCAUGAUGAACAAUCAGCUGGACAUCAUACUGCUCAACCCGGUCAAACUCAAUUCUUAUAUCCUCCGCUGGCACAUCUUCCUGAAUCCGCACAGCCACAGCCUUCGCAAGCAGCCGCGCAAAAACCAUCUCAGCCUGAACAUUCUCAACCGGCACAUCCCGCCAUUGAAAAUGUUUCAGAGUCUGCGCACCACCAAUCUCAGCCCACACAGCAACCAGCAGAGCGAUCACUAUUACGCACGAUUAUUGAAAAGCUUCACCCACAUAAUUCUAAUGAAGAACAGCAGCCACCGAAAGAUACCCAAAAUCCACAAUCGAGUGGUAUUCAAGAUUCUUUCUUAAAUAUUAAAACAUCUGUCGACCAACCGCAUGCACCAUCACAACAACAGUACCCACCACAACAGCCGGCCCAAUAUUCUGCUGGUCAAACAGCGCCAGCUUCUGCGGCACAAGCUGAACUACCAGCUCCGAUAGUUUCACAGCAGCAACCGGUAGUAAGAGACGUUUCAUCACAUGUGCAAGUGCCUGCUCAGCCAGGUGUAGCACCUGCGUGGCAUGCACCAGCUGCCCAUCCUGCGGCGGCAAUUGGUGGCACACCUAUUCAACCUGGUCAGCUCGCCUUUCCAACUCCAACUCCAAUCAUACCGCCUGCUCAGCCAACGGAAGACUCAUCUUGGUUGUCCAAGAAAAAAAGUAUAUUUAGCAAGUCUGCUGUCGAUAAGACUCAGCAGACCAAUUUCGUGUUGAUGAUGUCGAUGUUCUUCCUACUGCUAUGGUUCCGAGAGUAGAAGCUUUGUGCUCGGAAGACAUUCUCAUUAAUUAGGUUUGAGAAUGAUGGGUUCUAAUUCCUCAUCAAACUAUCUAUACUUACUAAGUAGAAAUUAAUAUUUAAACCCCGAAAUUUGUAUAUUUAUCACCUACACAAUUAUUAAAAUUUUCUAAGGUUACAGCUAAAUAAAUACAGACGUGAGUACAUACAAAUGUAUGUAUGUAUGCCAUGAGUAAGUAUAAAGCUAAAUAAAAUCAUUUUAGGGGAAAUUCGAACAAUAGAUGAAUUUAUCAGAUUAUCUUAUUUCUUUUUCUUCUUUA